AUGGUCAAAUCAUACCUUAAAUACGAGCACGCCAAAUCUUUUGGCAGUAUUCUCUCCGGCUCAUCGAAUCUCAUCUGGACAUCCAAGGAUCGAACGGGGACUGGCGCAGGCCAGGCCAUUACAGCGGCGAACGAGGAGGUUUUAUGCUGGGAUAUAAAAAAAGGCGAAUUAAUCAGCCGAUGGAAAGAUGAAAGGUGCUCUUAUACCGCCACUGCCAUCGCGCAGAGCGGCGUGGACAAGGACAUGUUUGCCGUGGGAUACGAAGAUGGAAGCAUUCGUAUCUGGGACAGCAAAAUCGCCACCGUUCUAGUCAAUUUCAAUGGCCACAAGUCAGCAAUCACACAUCUUGUUUUUGACAAGUCUGGAGUGCGACUUGCAAGUGGUUCAAAGGACACUGACAUCAUUGUUUGGGAUCUGGUUGCAGAAGUCGGCCUGUACAAGCUUCGAGGACACAAAGAUCAGAUCACGGGGAUAAGAUUCUUGGAGCCCGAGGCCAAGCUGCAGGAUGAAGACGGAAACAGCGCCAUGGUACUCGACAAUGCAGAGCUAUCAGACGGGUUCCUUUUGUCUACCGGAAAGGACUCUCUCUUGAAGCUCUGGGAUCUGUCUUCGAAGCACUGCAUAGAGACGCAUAUUUCACAGACAAACGGCGAAUGCUGGGCACUCGGCGUUUCUCCGGAUUUGAGCGGCUGCAUAACUGCAGGCAACGACGGAGAGCUGAAGGUGUGGUCCCUGGACGCGGAUGGAUUAAGCUCAUCUGCUCAGCGAGUAGAAGUUGUCGCCUCUGCACAAUUUUUGCAAAACCGAGGAACCCUUUUUCGACAAAACAAGGAUCGAGCAACCGAGGUCAUCUUCCAUCCUCAAAAAGACUAUUUUGCCGUCCACGGCUCCGACAAGAGUGUCGAUGUAUGGCGCAUCAGAUCAGAAUCUGAAGUUCGAAAAGGCCUGGCUCGAAAGAGACGGCGAAGACGUGAGAAGCAGAAGGAUGCCAAGCCUCAUGAUGAAGACAUGGAAAAUGGAGACGAUAACCUCGAUGAUGUAUCAAAAGCCGAUAUCAGCGAUGUCUUUGUUCAAUAUGUCAUCCUGAGAACUGGCGGCAAAGUCCGUUCGAUUGAUUGGGCUCUGCCUGCAGGACAAAAGCAAAUCUACCUUGUAGUUGGAACCACUAACAACCAGCUGGAGUACUACAGUAUAAAUCCCAAGGAGAAGAGUGAUAAGAAGCAAAAAGACGACAUUCCAGAUUACACCAAGGCACUUUCAGUCGAGAUUCCAGGACACAGAGCUGACAUCCGUGCUCUCUCACUGAGCUCAGACGACAAGAUGUUGGCGUCAGCAUCCAAUGGCUUGUUAAAGGUUUGGAAUGUCAAGACUCAGACUUGCAUCCGAACAUUUGAGUGUGGGUAUGCGCUCUGCUGUUCCUUCCUCCCUGGAGACAAGGUUAUCGUUGUGGGAACAAAGAAUGGCGAACUGCAAUUAUUCGAUGUUGCCUCUGCAUCCCUCCUGGACAGCGUUGAGGCACAUGAGGGAGCUAUCUGGGCGCUGCAAGUUCACCCUGAUGGCAGGUCGGUUGUUUCCGGAAGUGCUGAUAAAAGCGCCAAAUUUUGGGACUUCAAGAUCGUCCAGGAGCAGGUUCUGGGAACCAAGAGGACAACACCCAAGCUCAAGCUCGUUCAGUCCAGAGCGCUCAAGGUCUCAGAUGACAUUCUCAGUCUCCGGUUUUCGCCCGAUUCCAAAUUGCUGGCAGUAUCACUCCUGGACAGCACAGUGAAAGUGUUUUUCGUCGACUCCCUCAAGUUAUAUCUCAAUCUUUACGGACACAAGUUACCUGUGCUAAGCAUGGAUAUCUCCUACGAUAGCAAGCUUAUUGUUACAAGCUCGGCAGAUAAGAAUAUUCGAAUAUGGGGUCUCGACUUUGGCGACUGCCACAAGGCUUUGUUUGGACACCAGGACAGUAUUCUGCAGGUCGCAUUUGUCCCUCAUAACUCGGACGGCAACGGCCAUCAUUUCUUCAGUACCGGCAAAGACCGAACCAUUCGAUACUGGGAUGGAGACAAAUUCGAACAGAUUCAGAGACUGGAUGGCCACCAUGGCGAAGUGUGGUCAAUAGCCAUGAGCCAUAGCGGCAAUUUCCUUGUUACUGCCAGUCAUGACAAGAGCAUCCGCGUAUGGGAUGAGACGGAUGAGCAAAUUUUCCUCGAGGAAGAACGAGAAAAGGAAAUGGAAGAGCUGUACGAGAGCACCCUGACGGCUUCUCUGGAGAAAGACCAGGAGGGAGGCGACGAAAACGGCGAAAUUGGCGCCGCAGGAAAGCAGACUACAGAGACCUUGAUGGCUGGUGAGAGGAUAGCAGAAGCUCUGGAGAUGGGCAUGGCCGAUUUGAACCUAUUAAAGGAGUAUGAGGAGGCUAAGCUUACGAAUCCUCACGCCAUGCCUCCGCAGAGGAAUCCCGUCUUCAUUGCUCUUGGAAACAUUACCGCCGAGGCAUACGUCAUGUCUGUUCUCCAGCGCAUCAAAGCCUCUGCUUUGCACGAUGCUCUGCUGGUACUUCCGUUUGCCUCUGUCCCCAUCCUCUUCACAUUCAUCAAUAUUUUCGCCACGCGGUCGAUGAACAUUCCUCUCACAUGCCGAAUCCUGUUCUUCAUGCUGAAGACGCACCACAAGCAGAUUGUUGCCAGCCGCACGAUGAAGGUUAUGAUGGACAGCAUCCGGGCUAACCUGCGAGCCACACUGAAGAAACAGAAGGACGAGAUGGGAGUCAACAUUGCUGCGUUGAAGGUGGUAGGCAUGCAGAUCCGGGAUAAGAGCGUCAAGGAGUACGUGGACGAGACGUGGGAGGAAGAGAGCCGGGAGAAGAGCGCCAAGAAGCGAGCCUUUGUACAUGUCGCAUAA